AUGGUUCAUGCCAACAAUGAUAAUGCAAGAUGCACUGCAAGGAACACGCCUGACGCAGGCUAACUUGGACGCGGUGGUUUGCAACCAUAUGAGGUGCAAGGUCGACAAGGUGACUAAGAUUUUCCAACCCAUGUGGACUGACGGACAUUGGUACCUGAUGGUUAUCGACGUAAGACGGAAGAAGCUUAUCUAUUACGACUCACUCAAAUGUUCACGCGAGACAGAAGGCAGAAAGCUUGCUAUGACGCAAGUGGCACUGCAUCUGGAGUCGCUAACUGUUGGAAGCAAGUGGCUAUCUAGUAGCAAUGCGGAAAGGCCGCGAUUUUCGUCGUACAAGUACGAGGAGCCUGUGGUUCCUCAGCAACAUCGGCGCUCGCGGUGAACGACCAAACUCGGAUGUGAAUAGCCAUCGAUCUUGUCCUGAGGUCCCACAACCCGAUUGCUGUUGAUGUCGUCGAAAAGGCUAUGCGUCACUG